CACAUCGGCUAUUGGGCGUCACAAAUGGUAAGUAUAUGAAAAUAUUAUUUAUAUAUAUUUAUGUAAAACCACAGUGUUAAGGAGCUGUGGGUGAUAACAGUCAACCGUGUAUCACAAUUAUGUACGUGUUAUCUCAGUGAGGAUACAGACUCGUCCAAUACCAUCAUCUGUUGGUGAUCACUGUCACUAAUGAACAGUCAACCGUGUAUCACGAUUAUGUAUGUGUUAUCUCAAUAAGGAUACAGACUCAUCCAAUACCACCAUCUGUUGGUGAUCACACUGUCACCAAUGAACACAGUUAACCAGGUAUCACAGUUAUGUAUGUGUUAUCUCAAUGAGGAUACAGACUCGUCCAAUACCACCAUCUGUUGGUGAUCACACUGUCACCAAUGAACACAGUCAACCAGGUAUCACAAUUAUGUAUGUGUUAUCUCAAUGAGGAUACAGACCCGUCCAAUACCACCAUCUGUUGGUGAUCACACUGUCACCAAUGAACACAGUCAACCAGGUAUCACAAUUAAAAAUCCCAUGCUUCGACUGGGAUCCGAACCCAGUACCUACCAGCCUGUAGACCGAUGGCCUAACCAUGACACCACCGAGGCCAGUACAACUAAUGCUAUGUUCCCACUAUCACGAUUAGCGACACGAUUGGAAUCGUGGUCUGAAACGUGGAGUAAUCGUAGUGAUGCUAUCAGAUCUUAUCAGAUCUUGAGGUCAGUCGUGGCAAUCGUGUUGAUCGUAGAAAAGUUUUGGACGGUUCAAAAAUUUUCUACGAUUAACACGAUGAAUUGUCAAUCGUAAUCAUCGCAUCACAUCGUAUUGGAUCGUAAGAAAGCGGUACAGAACGCAUGUAAUCGUGGUUCCAAAUCGUGGUGAUCGUGAUCAACCGUGAACAAGAGAAACACCACGCUCUGUUGCGAUGCGCUGCGAUCUCCCACGAUCUGUGACGCUCUGUAGGGUACCAUAGAUUACGAUCUGACACGAAUGACUGACGAGCAGAUACGAGUAGAUACGAGUAGAUACGAGUAGUCACGGUUUGCACGGACGCUCACGAUCUGUUACGAGUUCUCGCGCCCAUAUAUAUAGUGGACAUGAUCGAAUGCGACUCUACACUUGAAGAGAGCCCAUAACUGUCAACCUUUUAAUUUCAGAGAUGCGACCGAAGGGUACCAGAGAAAAGAAGAGAAAGGGCAAGGCUGCCCCACCCCCUGAGCCUGAACCAGUCCAACCACAGCCUGAACCAGAGGAGGCAGAGGAGACCAUCCCCACCCAGAAAGCCAAGAGAAAAAAAACAGUGACUGUCUUUACUGAAGAUGAAAAGGAUGAAAUCAUUGAGUUCCUGAUGAGAAAUGAGGUCCUCUACAGCAAACGCCUUGCGGGCUUCAAGGAUGUCACACAGAAGGAGGAUCUGUGGGCUGUACAGGCUACCAAGAUGAACACCACUGUGUCGCAACUUAAAAUAUGGUACACAAGCAUGCGUACCAUGUUGGGCCGGCUGAAGAAACACGCCAAGAAGAGUGGGACAGGAGGAGAUGUCAUUACUGACAUGAGCAGCACAGAGAAGUGGGUGUGGGACAAAUUCUCUUUUUUGAGGUCUCACAUUGAAACGGUGGAUGCCAGAAAUGUGGCCUCGUUUGCAGCAGCAGCACCAGCAAUUUCCAGUGGCACUGAAGUCACCCACUCCACCAGCCAAACCUCAGUAGUUGCCUCUACCUCCAGCAAGGCUCCAACACGACCACUCCCACCACCCUCAACACCACCCUCCCAUACAUCCUCCCAGACAGGGUCAGUCGGCUCCAGACGGGGCAGUGAGGAUAGGGUGAACUCUGGAGAACUGAAAGACCUGCUGGUGGAAUUCAUGUCCAGAAGUACGGCUGCGUCUGGCAGCUCCUAUUUUGGGAAGUAUGUGGAGGAAACCCUGUCGAAGGUGCCUGGGGAGAUCAGGAGGGAUGCUGAGGCUAACAUUAUCCAGGUGCUGCACAGGGCUCAGCGGGCAGCUGAGCACAGCCAUAUGCAGCCACCACCACGCCAAGACCAGCAGUCCCAACAGUUCCAGCAGGAGGUCCCGCAGUUCCAGCAUUCCCUGUGGCAGCCUCACCCCUCUCAGUGGCCACCUCGCCCUGUUGGGCGUCAAACCACUGUCUGGGGUAGUCAGGACCGCGGCUACAUCCAGCGACAGUUACCCACGUACCCGAUGACCAGCCCAUUACCACCAACCAGUGAAGCACAGCCAGGAGCCUCAGGGGUGACGGCCAGCACCACCACCACUGCGCUGCCCUCCUCUCUAGAUGACUGCUUCGUCAGCCUGCUGGGAGCUAGUACACCAGCUGCCGGCAGUUUCAACCUCUCCUCCCAGCUCAACACCCCUCGUCAACUUGCUGAUGAGGAUGAUGAUGACACAGACCUGGCCUAG